UUUGGAGUGUACUGAGAGUGAGUGAAGAGGUGGAGGAAACAAAGAGCUUUUUCUUCAGAUACUCAUGUAAUUUGAUCUAUAAACUGACUCAGCCCUUCUAAAAUCAGCUGUUUCCAACAAGCUGUGGGAGGUAGAAAGCUCAGUACCGAAGUCCAUGCAAUGACUUCCUCAUUUUUUUACUAUUAAUUUAUUCUAAAAAGAAAACUGACAAGACUAGUCAAAUGAAUUAUUCGUGGACCUGGUUACAAAAAGAGUGUUUGCUAAAUAUUUUGCGAGACCUAGUAGCUCAAAUUCAGCAGAACAAACAGCCCAACAAAUUGCAGUUGAUCAACUGGUUUGUAGCAAGCAGCUGAUUUCGAGUUUGCAAAGACAGAAACUCUCUGGUAGACAACAACAAUAAAAAUGAAACCACCCAGACAAAUCUGGCAUUUAAGGAAGAGAGAACUUCACUUCUAGAGAAUGGUACAUUUGUUUUCCAAGCCAUGAAAGUGCUUUAAAAGGUGCAAGGGAUCCUUUAUUCCAGAAAUGGAAAAGACAGAAGCAAACCAGAGUUCCCAGGAUAGAUGUGAAGAGGGCAUCUUGAAGAGGUCCCCAUUUCAGUUGAUUAUGAACCAAAUCCAAAGGAAGAAAUCCUUUGCGGAAAAGGGAAAACAUCAGUGCUCAUCAGGCACUAGAUUCUUCAGGGGCUUACAUACUGGGAAAUCUCACCGCGAAAGCAAAAGAGAAAGUGAAGGAGCAGAAAUCAGUAACUCUAGACCAGAUAAUCAGAAUGACGAGCAAGCUCCCCAUGUAGCAGACAAACCUCCACAUCUCAUUUCCAAAACAAACACAACAUCUGGUGUGUGGAGCGUUAAGCAGUUCAUGCAGAAACUGGGUAAGAAGCCCAGCAGCAAGAAUAUGGACCUAAAUAAUUGUGCCUUAGAUGGAACAGAUUUAUUGGAGCUGGUUGCUGUGUUACCUUUUCUACCAGAGCUGGAGGAGCUCAAUCUUUCCUGGAACGAUUUUGUGGGAGGGGUUCUGAAACCCCUUGCUCUUCGGCUCCAUCAUGUGAGCAAGUUAAAAAUCCUGCAACUAAACAACUGCAAGUUGACAGCUGAGGAUGUUACUUCUUUAGGAGAGGCACUUAAAACCAUUCCUCACCUUGAAGAACUGGAUUUAUCCUGGAAUAAUAACAUAGGUGGAAAACUAUCCCUCUUGACCAAAAGAUUCCAGACAGGCUGCAAGAUCAAAAUCCUAAAAUUUACAGAUUGCAAUCUAACAGCGAAAGAUGGAGAAUCUCUAGCUCAGGUUCUAAAUGUCAUCCAUGACCUUGAAGUAUUAGAUAUUUCUAUUAACAGAAACAUUGGCUGCAGUAUGAAGAGUAUUGCUCAGGAACUGAAAAAUGUGCCAGUGUUGAAAGAAUUAUAUUUGCACAUGUGUGGAUUAAAGCAAGAUGGCCUCCAGUAUUUAGACAGGGCUUUCCAGUACUUACCAGAGCUAAACAAAUUAGACCUAUCGUGCAAUAAAGACAUUGGUGGAGGGUUUAAGGACUCAGCAGCUCAUUUGGCCAGUUUUAAAGACCUAGAAGUCCUGGAUCUCCACCAGUUCUGUGUAACAGAAGAGGACAUGGUGGUUCUCACACAGGUGAUACCUUUACUCUCGAGUCUUCAGGAGCUGAAUUUAUCAUCCAAUAAAAAUAUUGGAGUGUCUUCCAACUACCUUUUUAGCAGGCUUAGAUUUUUACCAAAGUUGAAAUCUGUGAUCGUCAGCAGUUGCUCUUUAGGGGAAGAUUCUUUUGCGUCACUAGCUGAGACUGCCCUUCACCUCCCUGAACUGGAGAUAUUAGACCUUUCUUGGAAUAAAUGCGUUGGUGGGAACCUAAAGCUGCUUUUGGAAUCACUAAAGCUGGCAACGGAGAUUCGAAUGUUGAGACUGAGCAGCUGUAACUUGGUGGCUGAGGAUCUGACUCUUUUAGCAUUAGAGGUCCAAGCUGGUCAUCUAGCCAAAUUACAGAAGCUAGACCUGAGUUAUAAUGACAGUGUUUCUGACGAAGGAUGGGCCACUUUCUUUCAAGGCUUAACUGCACUCAAAGAACUUUCAGAGUUGGAUGUCAGUCUUCGGCCAUCAUCUUGCCGUGACUGUGGAAUAUGGUUCAGCAAGUUGUUAACAGAUAUGUCAAAGCUGCCUGCAUUCACAGAGAUGGGGAUGCAAAGGUGGGCCCUUCCGGAAUCACAGCAGAGACAACUGGAAAGCUUUAAUCAGGAUGCCAAAAGGAACGUUCACUUUGACUAUUGAUGCAGGGUUUGGGUUUGUGAAAAGACCUUUCCAAGUAGCACAUGCAUUAUGUAUCGUGUGAUUCUGACUCAGAAAAUAGCCUGUUUUUUACUAGUAAAUCUGUUUUCAUCAUGUCUCUUGAAAUAGUGCCCAACUACACAAUGUUAUUUGAUGUGUGAAAUACACAGAUAACUCCAUUUGAUCACAUAAACUCCAAAUGUCUGAGUAUGUAAGGAAGGUCGGUCUAUCUUAUAGACAUAUCUAACUGUUUUUAAUAAGCUACCUUUUAAAUGUGAGCCUCUUCUGCCUCAUUUGUGGUAAUGCCUUUAAGCAUAUUUGAUGAUAGAAAGGUUGGAGCAUGUUGGAACACUUAUUCAAAAUUCAGGACUGCACACAAUUCUGGCCCCUGUAUGCUAUGCCAAUGACAUAUGGGAGCUAUAAACGGACCGCAGCAGAUUGAAGGACAAUUCCCAUGGCAAUGCUGGGCUGCAGAGCAAGCCAUAGGCAUUCUGGGUACGACUGCAACAAAUCACAGGAUCCCUUGGGGCUCUUCCUGCUUAUGUGAGGGUCUGUUUCAGUCCCUGCAACAAUCUUUAUUGCCCUCUACCUAGACUACUCUGUGUUGCCUCUCUCAGUAGGUACAGCCAUGGAGUCUAGCCAUUAGCAUUAAGGAUCUGAUCCACUGCUCCUUGAAAGCAAUGGGAGUCUGUGAUGCAGUGUGCUCCUCACACCAGCCCUGAGAGAGUUGAAUUAGGACAGGUGGAUCCAAUCCAUCAAUUAAGCUCCAAAUGGGGGAGGUUUAGGUUGCUUGGGGGGUACUAAUUAGGAAGAAGCUCAACUGUGAGGGAAGAGGCAGGGCCUCUAUAAAGCCAGGAAGCUAGCAACAGAGAUGAGUUUGCAGAUCUUCUCCCUCACCCCAGGGAGAAGCAGCAUGGUAGGAAGGGGUCUAGAGAUGAGAACAAUAACGUGGAUGUAAACACAGACCUUAAUGGCUUGUUACAGGACCCUGAAUUGGAACCUAGAGUAGUGUGUGGGCUUGGGUUUCCCUACCAUCUACUGCAGAGUGGUACUGCUAGGAGCAGUGAAUGCGAAGAUUGCCUGAGUUACUGUGGGACAAGACACAGGUUUGAGGCCUGCCUGAUGUUGCUGA